GAGCUCGGCAAGCAGGCACAGGCGUCCGCCGCCACCAGGGGAUCGUCAGAGGCAAAAAGAUAGAGCCCGACCGGGAUCGAACCGAUGAUCUUCAGCGUCGACUGAUAAAACCGAAAACUGACGCGCUAGCCACUGCGCUACGGGCCCUCAAGUUUCAGCGCUGUCCCGGGACUGAAUAUGAACCAAAGAGCAGACGUCAGCCACUCCCCUCCUUUGUCCUGCGCACGGCGGCGCGCGGCUCCCCUUGUCCUCGCGGCACAACCCCUGGGCAACGCAUGCCCGAGCGCAUCGGCGCCUCAUCAAGCGAGCGUUGCCGCGUGCUCCGCUGCCGUGUGCUCUUCGCUCCCGACCACCACCACCCAGUCCGCCAUGCCCAGCAGCACCACGUCAGCCGCGCCCUCCCGGGGCCAAGGCGCCUCCGAGCCCGCGGGCGCUUCGCCUCAAGGCACCAGCGAGGCCUUCCGCAAGCACUUCGCCGCCCAGCUGCCGGUCCUGCUACGCAACGAGCUGCUCCACCUGCGCGAGGCACUCAUCGGCAGCGCGGCACUCAUCCUGCACAUCAGCCUCGGCUGGACGCCCGAGGACCUGCGCGAGGCGCUGCCCGACGCCGACAAGCUGCGCCAGCAGCUCGCCGAGUGCGUGCCGUACGUCGUCUCGAUGGCCGCCGGCGCCGCCGCCCUCGCCGUGCAGCGCAAGGAGGUUCCGCCUGCGCAGCCGGCACACGAGGCUGGGCCGAGCUCCUCCUCGCCGCGCCUCGACGCGCCCAAGGAGCUGCCGCAGCUGACCUACGACGCGCUCUGGGACUACAUCGCCGCGCAGCGCAAGAACGGCAGCCUCGUCGACGACCCGGCGUGGGUCGACGGCACCAAGGCCAAGCACAAGAUGACGUCGCGCGUGCAGGCAAGUCUCAACGCCCUGGAGAAGGACUUUGCCGCUGCCGCGCUGCCGCUGCUCGCCGUGCCCGCGCUGCGCCGCGCCAUCGAGGCGCUCAGCGAGCCUCUGACGGCGGAGUUCCUCGCGUCGGCUCUGCAGUCGCUCGAGCCGUUCCCACUCGAUGUGCACGCCGGCCCGCAGCCGCUCGAGCCCAAGGCGCCGUCGCUCGAGCACGCCGAGGCGCUCCUCACGCACGGCAUCCGGCUCAGCCGGCGCAUGCAGGCCGCCGCCAGCCUGCGGGCCAGCCGCCUGGCCAAAGAGAUCGGGAAGCGCUGCGCUGGCCGCACCGGGAUGGCUCGCGCAUGGCACGCCGCCGCCGUCGCCUUUCCCGGCUCGCGCGUCGACAACAAGGAGCAGGUCACGGCGCACAUGUCUGCGGCGCAUGCGUGGAACACCGCAGCCUUGCCGGACCUCGACGGCAUCGAGGCAGGCGCGGCAAGCAACGCCGCUCUGACCAAGUACUUUGGCGCCAUGGACAAGGAAGGCGCCAUUGCGUACGAGCAGCACUUCCGGCAGGCCAUCGUGAGCGUCGACCGCGCGCUCACGGCGCUGCGCGAUCUCUCCGCCGUGCCGGCGCCGCUCUCGCUCGCGGCCCACCGCGCACGCGUCGCAGCGGGCGCAGCCAGCGGACCGGCAACGGGCACCUCCAGCCAGGCGACUGCGACGCCUGCCGCCGUGCCGGAGGACGAGUGGACGCGGCAGGUCAAGUUCCGAUGCCAUCGGCGCCGCGCCGACGCAGGCCACCACCUCGCCGCGUUCAAGUGGAAGUGCCCGCUCUUCGGCGAGCCGAAGCGCAGUGCCAUUCUCCCGCUCGCCGCCAAUGCGGUGCAAGGUGCGCUGGCGACAGCGUCCGGUGCCUGCGUCGAGUCCGCUGACGCUUGCUCCGAUAGACCUUGAGCUCGCACUGGCGUAUGCUGCCACGCCGGGCCAGAAGCGUGCCAUACAGACGGAGCUCGUGCAGGCUCAAAAGACGCUCGGGCACAUCGAGGACGGAACGGGCUGGUGGCU